AUAAGUGAGGCCGCCAUUGCUGCUUUGAACACCUCAGAAGGGGAGAAUGGAUUUAUCAGGAGUGAAAAAGAAGAGCUUGCUAGAAGUCAAAGAAAAUAAUAAAAAGUCCAGCACUAGGGCUCCUUCACCUACCAAACGCAAAGAUCGCUCAGAUGAGAAGUCCAAGGAUCGCUCAAAAGAUAAAGGAGCCACCAAGGAGUCGAGUGAGAAGGAUGGCGGCCGGGACAAAACCCGGAAGAGGCGCAGCGCUUCCAGUGGUAGCAGCAGUACCAGAUCUCCGUCCAGCUCCACUUCCGGCUCAGGCUCCAGCACCAGCACUGGCUCAAGCAGUGGCUCCAGCUCUUCCUCAGCAUCCAGCGGCUCAGGAAGCUCCAGCACCUCCCGCAGCUCCAGCACCUCCAGCAGCUCCAGCUCCGGCAGCUCUUCCGGCUCUCCAAGUCCUUCUCCGCGCAGACGCAACAGGAGGCGCUCCCGCUCCAAAACCAAACCACCUGAAAGAGAUGAAAAGGAGAGGAAAAGGCGGAGCCCAUCUCCUAAGCCCGCCAAAGUGCAUAUUGGGAGACUCACCAGGAAUGUGACAAAGGAUCACAUCACGGAGAUAUUUUCCACCUAUGGGAAAAUUAAAAUGAUUGACAUGCCUGUGGAAAGGAUGCAUCCUCAUCUGUCCAAAGGCUAUGCAUACUUAGAGUUUGAGAAUCCAGAUGACGCUGACAAGGCACUGAAGCACAUCGAUGGAGGUCCGGCUCUCCGAGGCGCAGGUCCCCCGUGCACCGGAGAUCAAGCUCCCCGGGCCGCCGCCGCCACAGGAGCAGCUCCAGCUCCAACUCCUCCCGAUAAGCAGGCCAGUGAAGCUCUCACCCCCGUAACUUAUACCCCACCCAGCUCAGUUUUGUCACUUUUCUAG